GAUAGUUAUUGUUGAAAGUUCGAGAAGUAAAUCACGCAUUACAAACAGUCUAAAGGCUCCGUUGAUUUUUGUUAAAAUUUAUAAAACAUAAAAGGGGCCGAAGUGGGGUGCAAACUAGCAUCUCAUCAAUAUUUCACGUCUUACCGCAAAUCUUACUUUCGGUGUUCAUCGCUCUUUUGCUGCUGCAGUAUAGGCACUAAACUCAAGAACAGACAUAUGUAAAUAUGUAUGUACAUAUUUUGCACACCGGCUCGAGUGCGCGCUUCUCUCUAACGAUCUUAUCGCGUUAUUUAGCAGAUCGGCUAUUAUAUCCAAGCUUUUUGGUGCAUGUCAGUGUCAAGCACAACCGUUUGCUUAGAAAAGGAGCCGUCGAGCAGAUACCUACAUACUUACAUACAUACAUAUGAAUGUGAAUGCAAGUGCCGCUACAAUUGAUCUCGAUACAUACACACACACAAGCCGCUGCACACAUAAAACGGUAAUCGGUCAAGGGCAAAGCUCUUCUCCAUAAGUGAAUUUUGCUGACAGGCCGGAGUACAGUGAGCACUCAACAAAACGUACCAACCGAACAUUACCUCGCUAACAACAGAAUGGAAAAUUCGACAAGUGAAAAAGACUUUUGCAAAGCCAAAUGCGGUUCUGUUCAACGCCAACUAUUAGCAAUGAACGAAUUCUUCAGAGCUGGUGAGAUGAUCAGCUUUGACGAUGCCGAUCUGAUAGUGCGUAAAGCAUCUGCGGAGAGCAUGAAGGCUGAGUUUGAUAUCAGUCAGUCAAGGCUAGAAAAAUUAGAUUUGCUCGUGCUUUCAACGGACGCACGCUCAGACUUCGAGAAGGUUUACUGGAAGAUCAAAUCCAAUCUCGCUCGUCAAAUGGAUGUAGUCACUUAGGGGCGGAUGACUGACGCCAAUUCAACAAUUAUCCCACGCUUUGCUUAAAGUACGCACACAUUUGCUGACUUGUUCAACCGUAAGUGUCGCUUACCGGAAUUGCAGCUUGGUCUAAUUUUUACACCAUGUACAAGACUGUCAUUGGCAGCAAUGAGGACCUAAGUAAGAUUGAGAAAUUACAACAUUUACGUGCGUUCUUGGAUGUUGCUGCUCUCAACAGAAUCAAAUCGUCAGAGCCUGUCGACAUGAAUCACGACAAAGCGUUGGAGUUACUCAUAAAGCGUUUUGAUAAUAAGUUGAUACAUUUUCAGGGCCACGUGCGGGCUAUAGUUGGGCUGCCAGGUGUUGAAAAGGGAUCAGCAGAGGCGUUGCGUGAGUUGAGUGACAAAAUUAACUCGCAUCUUCGGGCGCUUGGCACCAUGUCAACAACUGAGGAGCUGGCUGACGGAUUACUCAUACAAAUAAUAUCGCACAAGCUCGAUCACCACACCCAGAAAAAGUGGCAGGAGGCGCUUGCAACGGAAAACCCGAAAGACUUGAAAAUACUCACGCCUGGGCACUCUAUCUGGGGCAAAGCCAAUGCCACUAUCGACGAGCCAGACAUAACUCACCUGAGCAUAGGUCGCCUCAGACGUUGGCAGCGAAUAUGUCACAUGCAGCAAUCAUUUUGGAAGAAAUGGAGUACAUCGUAUUUGUCGUUGCUCCAAGAGCGCGGGAAAUGCCGACCGUCCAAGCAAAAUCUUCAGGCCGGCAGCAUUGUGCUGCUCAAGGAGGACAAUGCACCACCACUCAGGUGGCCACUUGGUCGAGUCGACAGCUUCAUCACGGAUGACGACGGCAUUGUGAGAGUAGCAGUCAUUCGUACACAAAAUGGUCUGGUCAAGAGAGCCAUUGCCAAAAUCGCCGUUCUGCCAAUCGAGACCACAUCAUGAGCAUGUUCGCAGCAGAACGCCCUUUGAAUAAUAUUAUAUCUAAUUACAAUAUUUCUUUACUUCUCAAAUCACGAUAUUGAAGUCACAUACUAUUAUUUUUAAUCCACUAUAAAAUACCAUUGUAAAUUGCUCAUUACUAAUCUAUCGAUAGUUAUUGUUGAAAAUUCGAGAAGUAAAUCACGCAUUAUAAGCAGUCUAAA